AUGGGGCGCCCGGUGCUGCUCGCCGCUGCCGCCGCGCUGCUGCUGCUGCCGCCGCCCGAUACUGGGGCCGCCGUGACCCGCCUCCGGGUCUCCGCCAACUUCGAGUGCCGGGCUAUCGCCGACAGGACGCUGAGCCGCCCCCGCUGCCGCCGCCCUUCCCGCCCCGGGCCGCCGCUGGAGCCGCCCGCCCUGUCGCUGAGCCAUGCCCGGCUGUGCCUGCCCGCGCAGCCCUGCCAGCCCUGCCUGCGGGUGCGCCUGGCCCUUCCCACCUCAGAGCUCGGCGGUGUCCGGGGACUGCAGCUCACCUUCAUGGAGCUGGGCUCCAACCGCGCUGGCUGGCUGCAAGUUUGGCAGCGACGCCGGGUGUUGGGCAGCUCUGCGUGGCAGGUGCAAUUCGACUGCUUCCCGGCAGAGAGCGGGCGGCAAGUCCUCGUCUCCCUUCGCACCAUCCCAGAUCGGGGCUUGGCCCUAAACCGCAGCCAUCUGGUCACCGCUGAGCCACCCGGGCCUGUCUUUACCCAUGCUUGGGUCCCUGAGAUGCGGGCCAUUGAGGUGUGGGUGCCUGCGGGUCCUGCCCUCAUGGUGAGGCUGUGCCACCAGCUGGCCCUGGAGUGUGAGGAGCUGCCCUGGCCCUUUCACCAGCAGGUGCUGGUGCCAGGAGGCCACCACAUCUCAUUGCCGUACGAGUUCCUGGUGCCCUGCCUCUGCAUUGAGGCCUCCUACUCCCACCACGACAGCCCACGGAGAAAACACUGUCCCUUCCGUGACCGGCCAGAUGCCUAUGGUCCCGAGCUGUGGUCCUCAGUGCGCUUCCAUGACUACAGCACCAGCAGCAAGGACCAGAUGGCAAUGAUGCUGAAUGCCAGCUGCCCCCUGCACCCAAGGGCCACCCUCUGCUGGAGGGAGACAGCAGAUGAGGCUGCACCCUGUCACGACAUCCCGAAUUCCACAGCCAGUGAGGAUGAGCGGGUGUACAUACUGGACAAGGUGGACGUGCAUCCCCAGCUCUGCUUCCGAUUCUCCUACAAGAACAGCAGCCAUGUGGAGUGUCCACACCAGCCAGAGACUGCCUGGAAUGUCUCAGUGAGUGUCUGGGGGUUCCAGCUGCGCCUGCACCUCACCUCCCGCAUCCCUGCAGCCUUCAGUGCAGCUCUGUGCCAGCGCCAGGGUGGGCAGUGUGAACCUGAGGCCCCACUCUAUACUGUCACACAGCCAGAGGGCUCUGCUCCAGGGGAGUUGGCGCUGCUGCUGCCAGUGCAGGUCCUGGGCAGCUGUGUGCUGGUGUGGCGCUCAGAUGUGCAUUUUGCUCGGAAGCAGCUGCUCUGUCCCGAUGGUGAGAGGGGAUCCUGGAGGGGGACUCAGGGGGCAGUGGAAUGGGAAGACACUCCCCUUAUUGCCUUUCUCCCAGUCUCCCGCAGGCACUUCGGGCUGCUGGGGCUGCUGUUGGCAUUGGGACUGGUGGUGACUGUGCUGCUUCUCAACUGCCGUGGUGCCUGGAGGCCAGAUGAUGGUGUCCCUGGUGGGCGCCCUGUACUGCUGCUGUACUCGCCAGACUCAGAGGAGCACCUGGGGCUGGUGUGUGCCCUGGCCGAGCGGCUGCGCGCGGGGCUGGGCUGCGACGUGCGCCUGGACCUGUGGGAAGCAGGUGGCUUGGGUCAGACGGGUGCCUUGCCCUGGCUCUAUGCCCAGCGGAGCCGCGUGGGCCGCCAGCGUGGCACUGUCCUCCUCCUCUGGAGCCGGGGCAGUGCUCGGCUCUUUCAUCGGUGGCAGGUUGGGAUGGCCGACGGGACGCCCGGAGAUGCCCACGACAUUUUUGGGGCAGCCAUGGCCUGCCUGCAUGGGGAGCUGGGGGCGGCAGGCCGCGGUGGUGGGUGGGUACUAGCAUACUUCAGCCGGCUCUGCAGCCCCCGUGAUGUCCCCCGACCCCUUCGGCCCCUGCCAACCUACCGCCUGCCCCGACAGCUGCCCGGUCUGCUGGGUGCCCUGCGGGGCAGCCCCCCGGCCCCUCGCCGCUGCUAUCGGGGCAGGGCAGGGGGCCUCCUGCAUCGGCUGCUGGAGGUGGGGACUGGGGAGGGCAGUCCCCCGCCCCGGCCCCCCAAGGCAGCUUCUGGCACCUGAGUGCCCAGGCCAGGUCUGAGCUGGGCAUGGCUGCAGGGGUGCAGGGCUGGGCGCAGCCCCCUGAUGAGGGCAGGGGCUCUGCCAGGAAAAGGCAUGGCUCAGGUGAGCAUGUGCCUGUUGCAGCAGCAGGAGGGGUACCCAUGUGUGCCCUGGGAAGGGGCUGUGGGGGUCCAGGCAAGAUGGUCAUCAGUCAUGGAGUGUGCUGCUGGGGCUGGAGCGAGCAUCCAGCUGGUCAUUUGUAGCCAGGAGCGGAGGUGCUGUCCCAAGCAGGGGCAGCUUUACUCCCAUACAGGGACCUGCUCCAGAGGAGAGCCCAUAGAAGCCCCUUUGGACGCCACAGCCAAGCGAGGGGUUGGGGUGGUGCAGGAAGAAUCUGCGAGAUGAGGAGGCUCCCUGCCCUGCCCAGGUGCAGGUGGCUAGAGGGACAGGUGCUGGGCACAGCCUGGCCCUGCCUCGACAUUACCAGCGGGACUUGGUCUGGGGUGGAAACAAUAAAGGUGUCGUUUCCCCC